AUGCCUCAUCCCAAUGACUACACUGUAGGCUAUAUUUGCUCCAUCGAGCCGGAGUACCUUGAUGCAGUCGCCUCUUUGGAAGAAAGGCACGACGGGCUCGAUUUUAUAUCCCCCAAUGGUAUUAUUUCUCCUCACGACACAAAUGAUUACACAUUCGGCAAGAUCGGAAAACACAAUAUUGUCAUCGCCAUUUCACCCAAACGAGACUGGGGGCUUGCUACUACUGCGAUUAUCGCAACGCAUAUGCAACGGAGCUUUCCAACCGUCACAAUGAUUCUAGUACUUAGUAUUGCCGGCGGUGCACCGAGUGAACAACAGGAUAUCCGUCUCGGUGAUAUCGUGGUUAGUUCUUCACGCGGUAGCCAGGGCGCUGUUUUUCAGCAUGAUUUUGGCAGCAAGGUACAAGAUUGGGAGAUCGAACCAAGAGGAGUCUCAAUGGAGCCACCCGCAAUACUUCAGAUGGCCGUGAACAAGCUCAAGGAUCACUAUCGGGCUGGCCAUCAACUUGAGGAAAGUAUCAAUGGCAUCCUUGAGAGGAACCCAACAAUGUUGAGAGAAUAUUCGCGACCGCAUCCAGAUAGUGACGUGCUUUAUCUCAGCACCUAUACCAACAACUAUGACGAUUUUAGCUACAUUGUCCGUCGAGGACGACGAACGGAAUACGAGCUUAGUCCCAAGGUUCACUACGGCUUGGUUGCUUCGGGAAACCAGGUCAUAAAGGAUGCCGUAUUUCGGGACCGGCUCGCAACGAAAAAGGACGUUUUGUGUUUUGACGCAGGAGUCGCUGGCAUCAUGUAUAACUUGUCUUGUCUGGUUGUUUGCGGAAUAUGUAACUAUAGCGACACACAUGUCACCAGUGAGUGGAAUGGCUAUGCAGCAAUGGCUGCAGCUGCAUACGCAAGGGAUCUCAUUUACAAGGUCCCCUCUCGUAACGACGAGUCUGAGACAAAAUUGAGACUCAUGGCUAAGAGCUUAUGUCACCACAGAGACCUUACAACAUCCGAGGAUACCUUUCGGGACCGACCCCUCAAGCAGAAUCUUUGUCUGUAG